CUGAAAUUCAAUUUCUACUUCAGCCAGCCUGGGAGAAAGAAGACCUGCAAGCUGCAGAGGCAAAAGCUCUGGAACUAUCAUGGAGCAGAGACUCAGGAGCAUCCCGGCCUCCGAGCUCGAUAAGUUCAUAGAGAAUCAUCUUCCGGACACCAGCUUCUGUGCUGACCUCAGAGAAGUCAUAGAUGUCCUAUGUGCUCUCCUGAAAGACAAAUCCUUCCGGAGCUUUCCCGGCCCAGUGAGGGUCUCCAAGGCGGUGAAGGGUGGCUCGUCAGGCAAAGGCACAGCGCUCAAGGGCAGGUCACACGCUGACCUGGUUGUGUUCCUUGACAAUCUCACCUACUUUGAGGAUCGGUUAAACAAACAGGGAGAGUUGAUUAAGGAAAUUAAGAAACAGCUGUAUGAGAUUCAGCAUGACAGACAUUUUGGAGUGAAGUUUGAGGUCCACAGUUCAAGGAGUCCCAAUUCCCAGGCUCUGAGCUUCAAGCUGAGCGCCCCAGACCUGCUGAAGGAGGUGAAGUUUGAUGUGCUUCCAACCUAUCAUUUACUGGGUCAUCUGAAUAUCCCCAAGAGGCCUAACCAACAAUUCUAUGCCAAUCUCAUCAGUGGGCGUAUCUCCCCAGGAAAGGAUGGUGAGUUCUCUACCUGGUGUAUGGAGCUCCGACAGUACUUCCUGAACUGGCGCCCAACCAAGCUAAAGCGUCUCAUUCGCCUGGUCAAGCACUGGUACCAAUUGUGUGAGGAGAAGCUGGGUGAUCCACUCCCCCCACAGUAUGCCCUGGAGCUGCUCACAAUCUAUGCCUGGGAGUGUGGGGGUCGAAUAACUAAAUUCAACACAGCCCAGGGCUUCCGGACUGUCUUGGAACUGAUCACCAAAUACAAACAGCUUCAAAUCUACUGGAUAGUGUGCUAUGACUUCCUACACCCAGAGGUCUCCGAUUACCUGCUCUUACAGCUCAGAAAAGCCAGGCCUGUGAUCCUGGACCCGGCUGACCCAACAUGGAAUGUGGCGGGUUUGAACACAAAGGACUGGCGGCGACUAGCAGGAGAGGCUGCCGCCUGGCUGCAGUACCCAUGCUUUAAGUACAGGGACCGUUCCCGGGUGUGCUCCUGGGAUGUGCCGAUGGAGGUUGGCGUGCCAAAGCAGAAGAAUCUCUUUUAUCGUAUUUUCUGGAUAUUGUUUUGGUUUUUGUUUCAGUUCAUUUUUGGGAAGACUUCAUCUGUGUAGCCCAGAGUGGUUUGGAUAUUGCCAUCCUCCUGCCUUAGUGCUGGCAUGACUUCAGUGUAAGCCUGCUGGGCCCUGCCUUCCCUCCAUCCUCAAGUGGACAAGAAGUGGGCAUGCAUUUGUUGUCCUGUGAGCCCAGCAGGACCUGUCCAGGAGGCUCCAGAGUCAGGGGCAUGUCCUGCUCUGCUGCAGGCCCUUGACCCAGAGAGGGCAGGAAGGUGCCCAAGGCUCCAGUGAGGGGGUUCCAGCCUGUGACUCCAGGCUUCUGACCACUGCCCGCACACCCCUACACAGAUAGCCUUCCUCACAGCCUGCUUCAUCUGCUUUGUCCCCCAACAGUGUUCUCUGGGAGAGGAGAGACUCAGAAGGGAGUGUGAUGGUUUGUAUAUGCUUAGCCUAGGGAGUGGCACUGUUAGGAGGUGUGGCCAGGUUGGAGUAGGCGUGGCCUUGUGGGCA